AAACCGAAAAUAAUAUGUACUCCAAUCCACUCUAAACUUGGAGUACUAUUAUUACAUUAUCAGUGGCCGAUCAUCGCAUUAGCUUGUCGUAUGAAAGUGUCCAAGCAUGUCUUGUCUCCGCAUCCUUCUCCUGGUACCGCUGUUCCUCUCGUCGGGAAUGUCCGGCUGCUUGGCGUCCUCAUCGUCAGCUUCAUCAGGAUGUAGCUGCGGCGACAGCACGGCCCACGAUUUAUCUUCCUUCACCAGUGACUCUGCUGCUGAGCUGGUGCUCCUCAAGGACGCCGGGAUCAGCAAUGGCGUCCUCCAUCUCACGGCAGACAGCUCGAGGAACCGCAACAGGUCCGGUGCCGCGCUCAUGCCAGGUCCGGUGACGCUGUGGUGCCAAGACCCCGACGACGACGCGGAGGCGAAGCAAGACGCGUCCUUUGAAGCCUCCUUCACCAUGGGCAUCGUCAGCAAUCCAUCACCGGACGAGGAAGGUGCCGUGCAGAGGAAAGGAGAUGCCGGCGGCGGCGGCGGCGGCCUCGCGCUCGUCAUGGUUGCCUCCCUCAACAGCCCAGCGCUCGGCAUCCUCGGCCUCAGCAACAACCCUUCCGAUCAGGUGUCCUCUUCCUCCGCCAGCAGCGGCUUUGUCACCUUCACGUUCAACACGGUGAAGCUGAAGCAAUCCAAUGGUGACCCCGACGACAGCAACGGCACCGUCAUCAACCUAGACGUUGUUGUCUCCGUCUCCGGUGCCGUUUUUGCGCGCUCACCACCUCUGACUAUCACCACCGCCACCGCGACGAAUAAUCAGGUCGCUAUGAAGAACUGUACCGUGUGGAUUGACUACAAUAAUGGUCGCGUAUCGAUAUAUGUGGACGUCCAAGGGCGGCCGAAGCCGGACAAAGCCGCCAUUGAUGGUGUGGCCCUCAACCUCAGUGACCACCUCCCGCAGAGAGCCUUCGUCGGAUUACUGGCGUCAACAGACACGAGCACCGAGCUCCACUCCGUCCUCAGCUGGAACCUGCAAGUCAGUCUCCCCGGCGAUGGCCCGAGCAUGGACUGGAAGGUGAUACUGCCGGCGGUUUUGGGCGGGAUCACCUUCACGGGAAUCAUGAACCUUCUCGUUGCCGUGUUCUACUUCAACUCCAAGUACAAUAAGCUCAAGAUGGAGCUGGUCUUGUCUGAGACUCUCCGGCGGCUGCCCGGCAUGCCGAGGGAGUUCAAGCACGCCACGAUGAGGAAGGCCACCGACAACUUCCACGAGGCGAGGAGGCUGGGCAAGGGCGGGUUCGGCGCGGUGUACAGGGGCACGCUGCGAUCCGCAGGGAAGAACGACGGCGUGACGACGUGCGUGGAGGUCGCCGUGAAGAAGUUCACCCGGGACGAGAACCGGUGCUACGACGACUUCCUCGCCGAGGUCGACAUCAUCAACCGACUCCGUCAUCGGAACAUCGUCCCGCUCGUUGGUUGGUGCUACGAGAAAGGAGAGCUCCUACUUAUCUACGAGUACAUGCCCAACGGCAGCCUCGACCAUCACUUGUUUCCCAACAAGGAGCACCAAGGUCGCAUCCUUGGAUGGACUACCCGCUACGGCAUCAUUGCCGACGUAGCUGCGGGGCUUCACUACGUCCACCACGAGCAUGAGCAUAUGGUGCUCCACCGCGACAUCAAAGCCAGCAACAUCAUGCUGGACUCCACCUUCCACGGCCGCCUCGGCGACUUCGGCCUCGCGCGCAUCGUGGGCUUCGACAAGAACUCCUACACCGACCUCGGCGUCGCCGGCACCUGGGGCUUCAUCGCGCCAGAGUACUCGGUGAGCCGCAAGUCCACCCGCAAGACAGACAUCUACGCGUUCGGGGUGCUGACCCUUGAGAUGGUCACCGGGAGGCGGGCUCUCAGCACGUUCCAGGACACGUUUCAGGUGCUCACUGACUGGGUUUGGAGGCUUCACCGGGAAGGAAGACUGCUAGAAGCAGUCGACAGAAACGCCAUCUCCACACAGGAGUACGACGCCGAUGGCGCAGCCAGGUUGCUGCUCCUUGGGUUAGCCUGCACCAACCCCAACCCGCUGGAUCGUCCUAGCAUGGCCGAGGUGGUGCAGGUCGUCUCCAAGUCGGUGCCGGCGCCCGACGUGCCACCUGAGAAGCCAACGUUUGUGUGGCCACCAGAUGAACGGGUUCCUCGAAGCAGCUUCGAUGACAUCACGGAGAUGAUGAGUGAUCUCCAUGAGAGUCAUCGUUGGGAGGAGACGUCAAGCAGUGAUGCGCUGGCUGCAAGCGCCAUCAUCAGGCGCAAGGCAUGGGCUGAGUCGGUUGAGUUGUACUGUCUGUGACUUGUGACCGGCAAAGAGUCACCUGAAUUUAUGGGCAUAAAAUUUAUUUUCUAAAUACCUAUGAAAAUUCAGAUGUUACUCUUUUUUUUCUCUCCUAAUUUAUUUUAUCCUUGUUUGAGAAAAGACGGUUAUUUCAGGAAUGUGUAUAAGGUUCAAGUAUAAAACCUCAUGGAAGUUAUAAAAUGUUGCAUCAUACUUUGGAGCUUA